AUGACCUCCUCGCCCGCCCGCGCCUACCCCCUUACCCGCCCUUCCGUCCGACAAUACAUCUUCUCCCCUCAACUCCUCCUCCGACCUUCCAUACGGUUGAAAACCUCCCUGUACGUCUUAUCAAUCACGAUCAUCCUUCUCGUCAUACUGGCUCUCAACGCAGCUACGAGCGGACCUAGCACAGGUCAGGAGGUAGAUGUUAAUACUGUACCAUCGCAUGACUCACCGGCAGAUUCAGGAGAAGGUAAAGAUGUAGCUAAAGGGAAAGAUGCGCAUCUUGUAGAUGAAGAGAUUCAGAGAUCGUUUGAGGAACCUGAUUUCUCGUUGCUCUCGUCGGUUCAGCCGCAUGAGAUAGGGUGCGACGUACCCAUUGAAGGGAGGGAAAAGGAAAGAGGAGUGUUGAUGUUUUUAGGGAUAUUUUCGGCGGCUGAUAAAAGGGAGAGAAGAGAUCUAUAUCGUCAAGUGAUAAUACCUGAUUUCCCUCCUGAUCAAUUCACGAUAAAAUUCAUAUUGGGCACACCACCAUACCCCGAAAAUCCUAUAAGUCAAGAAGCAGUUGCCAGAUCGAGGUUGAUGAAUAAGGUGGAAGCUGAGAUGAACGAGUUUGGAGAUAUGGUCAUGUUACCUAUGAUCGAUAAUAUAGAUCUAGGCAAGACACACGAAUAUUUCAAAUGGGUAGCAAAGGAAUAUAGUGGACCGGGAAGAGUGAAAGGACGUCCGAGAUUUGUCAUGAAAGCGGACGAUGAUACGAUACUGGUGAUGCCAAACUUGAUAUCAGGAUUUAAAGAUCUAAAUUGCGCAGAUAACAUAUAUUGGGGUACAUCAGCAGGAAGAUCACAUUAUUUCGGUGAUUAUUUUAGAGGUUUGGCAUAUGCUAUGAGUUGGCCUUUGGUCUCAUGGAUAGGUAACGCCGAUAUGCCAUUAGCCCACAUAAUCAAAAUUGAAGAUGCUCGUACAGGUCAAUGGUUAAGACAUCUCGAUCCAGUCACAGAUCCAGUCAAGAGGAUAGAUAUGGGUUGGACCAUGGGUGACUGGAAUCAGCUGGAGGUGGGGGUAGAGACUGUUGCUUUGCACUGGCUCAAACUCGACGAUUGGGUUAAAAAGCAACAUCAGCGUUUACUGGAUAUAUGGGCGGAUGACAAUCGACCAUACGAUAUUGAACAUGGUGUAUCACCCAAGGUCAGUAUGCAGAAAGGUAAAGAAACACCCGAAUCAGCUCAGAAGGAACAUCAGAGACAGAAAGAUCUAGGUUGGGAUGUAGGUGGAAAUCUGGAUUGA